GGUGGGAGAUUUUGCAGCACUUGUUCACAGAGCCCGGAGUAAUGUAAUCUGGACCACCACCUGUCCCUGUUCUGGCCAUUGGCAGCAUGGGGCUGGACUUUGACGUAAAGACCUUCUGUCAUAACCUGCGGGCGACAAAGCCCCCCUAUGAGUGCCCAGUGGAGAGCUGCCGCAAGGUCUACAAAAGCUACAGCGGCAUUGAGUACCAUCUCUACCACUAUGACCAUGACAACCCCCCACCCAUCCAGGGCACACCCCAGAAGAGGAGGAAAGGCAGGCCUCCGCGGGGGGCAAUGCCAGGGAGCCCCACUGAACAUUCGGAGCGCUCCCACUCACCUGGGCGAGAGACUAUGACGUAUGCGCAGGCCCAACGUAUGGUGGAACUGGAGAUAAACGGCAAAGUCCAUCGUAUCAGCAUCUUUGAAAGCCUGGAUGUGGUCUCUGAGGAGGACAGUGGAGGUGAAGACGUUGGAAACAACGGGAAGGAUAGGCCAGAUACACCUGCCACAGCCAAUGGCGGGAAAGGGGCGGGUGCCACUCCCAAAGUAGGCAAACACAAGAGUAAAGAGAAGAAAAAAGAGAGUGGAUCUCACCACCACAGUGCCCCUGCUGGCCCUGCAGUGAAACUGCCUGAGGUGGUGUUUCGGGAACUGGACCAAGAGAGACCGGACGCCCCCCCACGGCCGUCCUCAUAUUACAGGUACAUUGAUAAGUCUGUGGAGGAGCUGGAUGAGGAGGUAGAGUAUGACAUGGAUGAGGAAGACUACAUCUGGCUGGACAUAAUGAACGAUAAACGCCGUAGUGAUGGCGUCACGCCCAUUCCUCAGGAAGUCUUUGAGUAUCUGAUGGAUCGACUGGAGAAAGAGUCCUACUUUGAGAGCCAUAACAAGGGGGACCCCAACUCUCUGAUUGAUGAGGAUGCUGUAUGCUGUAUCUGUAACGACGGGGAGUGUCAGAACAGUAACGUGAUCCUGUUCUGUGACAUGUGUAACUUGGCUGUGCAUCAGGAGUGUUACGGUGUGCCCUAUAUCCCAGAGGGCCAGUGGCUCUGUCGCCGCUGCCUGCAGUCGCCCUCCCGCGCUGUUGACUGCGCCCUCUGCCCAAACAAAGGCGGAGCCUUCAAACAGACAGAUGAUGCCCGCUGGGCACACGUGGUCUGUGCCCUCUGGAUCCCUGAGGUGUGUUUUGCUAACACAGUCUUCCUGGAGCCCAUUGACAGUAUUGAACACAUUCCACCGGCACGCUGGAAGCUAACGUGCUACAUCUGUAAACAACGCGGCUCUGGUGCCUGCAUCCAGUGUCACAAGGCCAACUGUUACACGGCCUUCCACGUCACCUGCGCCCAGCAGGCCGGCCUCUACAUGAAGAUGGAGCCCGUGAGAGAGACGGGCGCCAACGGUACCUCCUUCAGCGUCCGCAAGACCGCGUACUGUGACAUCCACACCCCGCCUGGUUCUGCUCGCCCGCUGGGAGGAGUGGGAGGGGCAAGCUUAGGCUCCUCCCACAGCGAGGGGGAGGCAGAGGAUGAUGAAGAUGUGGGAGGGGGUCCGGAGGAGGAUGGGAAAGGGUGGAGUUCAGAGCGGGCAAAGAGGGCCAAGGCUAAGUCCAGGUUAAAGAUGAAGAGGGCGAGGAAGAUCUUGGCAGAGAAACGAGCAGCAGCACCUGUCGUGUCAGUCCCCUGCAUUCCACCACACAGACUCAGUAAGAUCACCAGUAACCUGACUGUACCCAGAAAGAGUCAGUUUAUGCAGAGACUGCACAGUUACUGGACCCUGAAGAGACAGAGCCGUAAUGGCGUCCCCUUACUGCGACGGCUCCAGACACACCUCCAGUCCCAACGCAACACUGAGCCCAUCCCCACAGUGAGUGAGGAAAAACACUCUGCGCUGAAGGAGCAGCUGAAGGCUUGGCAGAGACUGAGACAUGACCUGGAGAGAGCCAGGCUGCUGGUGGAGCUCAUCCGCAAGAGAGAGAAACUGAAGAGAGAGUCGAUUAAGGUCCAGCAGAUGGUGCUGGAGAUGCAGUUGACUCCAUUCCUGGUGUUACUGCGUAGCACUCUGGAGCAGCUCCAGGAGAGAGACACCAGUAACUUCUUCACCGAACCUGUUCCACUCAGUGAGGUGCCAGAUUACCUGGACCACAUCGAGAGGCCAAUGGAUUUCCAGACCAUGUGGGCGUCUCUGGAGUCUCAUCGUUACCUGACGUUUGAGUCCUUUGAGUCGGAUUUUUUCCUCAUAGUUAAUAACUGUCUGAAAUACAAUGCCAAAGACACAGUGUUUUACCGCGCCGCUCUGCGACUGCGUGAGGCCGGCGGAGUGGUGCUGAGACAGGCGCGACGGCAGGCAGAACGAAUUGGCUAUGACUACGACACGGGUAUGCACCUCCCCCGUGAGCCCAGCCCCGAGACUCCCCGCGAGCGAGAACGGGACAGGGAGAAAGAGAGAGAGAGAGAGAGAGACCUGUCGCCCUCUGCCAAUGAGGAGGAUCUCCUUCUGCCGGAAAACCGUCGGCGUCUCCCAUUGGAGGAGCAGUUGCGAAUCCUGCAGGAGCGUUUUGAUGAGGUCAGCUCAGGGAAACACAGUAUUGGUCGCUCACGCAGAGCCAAAGCCCUGAGGAAGGAGAUGACCGUCAUCAAACGCAAACUCGCCCAUCAGCGGGAGGCCGGGGGGGGCAUGGGCGUCCGUGAAUCAGGAGUCUCGGGUGAACGUGGCUCCGCCCUCACGCAUCACGUCUCAGGGACCUCCCGCCGUGACGAGGGGGGGGAGAGCAGCAGCCAAGAGACGGGUGGGAAAGAUCCCAGCGCGUCGUCAGUCCUGGCUCCCGAGGUGGGACGCCGUACCUCUGUCCUCUUCUCUAAGAAGAACCCCAAAGCUGCAGGCCCUCCCAAACGUCCUGGUCGCCCCCCUAAGAACCGGGAGGCGGCUCACGGAGGUGCAGGGGUGAACCCCAGUCCUGUCGGUCCACCUCAGCUCCCCUUACUGACCCCCACACGUCAGCGCAAGAGACCCCGCAGCACCCGCAGCUCUUCCAGCUCUGAGAGUGACACGGACAAUGAUGACCUGCUGCUAGGUCUGCCUAGUAAUGGAUUCGAUGGCGGGAGCCAGCCGGUAACGGAAAGUUUCCGUGUUUACAGGAACGAACGGAGUCUUCCUCGCUCCAGCUCCGACUCCGAGUCCACUACCAGCAGCAGCAGCAGUGCCGCCUCAGACAGAACCAGUACGACCCCGUCUAAGCAGGGUCGUGGAAAGCCCUCUUUCUCUCGCUCUGCCUUUCAAGAGGACAGCAGUGAGGAAACCUCUGGAACAGAGAACGACUCAUACUCUGUGGGCGGAGCUAGGGGUGUGUCUCAUUUGGUGCGAGGCCGUGGGAGAUCAGGCUGCUGGAUGAGUACUGAAGACUACGCAUCCUUAGACGCCCUGGACCUGGUCUGGGCCAAAUGCAGAGGUUACCCCUCCUACCCUGCUCUGAUCAUAGAUCCUAAGAUGCCAAGGGAGGGGGUGUUUCACCGUGGGGUGCCCAUCCCUGUACCCCCCCUGGACGUGCUGAAACUGGGAGAACAGAUGACACAGGAGGCCAGGGAGCACCUCUUCCUAGUCCUCUUCUUCGACAACAAGAGGACAUGGCAGUGGUUACCCCGCUCUAAGCUGGUUCCCCUGGGUGUGGAUCAGGAGCUGGAUAAGGAGAAGAUGCUGGAGGGCAGGAAGUCAAACAUCAGGAAGUCGGUGCAGGUGGCCUACCAUCGCGCCAUGCAGCACAGAAACAAAGUCCACGGAGUCCCCAGCAGUGACAGCAGCGAAAGUGACUGAACACACACACACUGACAGUGACAGUGAAUACACACAACCAACAGUGGUAGUGAAUACAUGUACGCGCACACACACACCACACACU